CCCCUUUUCCCCUCUCAUCUCACGCCACCCUUGUUUGGAUCUUCCAUCCAUCCAUCCAGUCACACGCAUUCAGUCCCCCGCUAAGCAAUGCCACGCCCACCCCUCUGUUAGUCAAUGCGGGGUUUCUUCACCGGUUCUACCCCCGGGAACCGUGAGCGGCAGUGGACGAACAAAGUGGAUUCCCGUCAAUUGCUCGGACGGAUGAUCUACCGAAUACCUUGGCUUCUUCCUCAUCGGUCGCUAAUGCUCCGACAGCUCAAACAAUGCAAUGGAUCUGCCGAGGUUCAGCCGUAUAUAACUAUGAUGGCCUGCAUGCACAACAAACGAGCACCCAGAUACAUCCACCAAGAUGCGAUCGUCCUGGCUCCUGCUGCCAGUCUUGCUGGCCAUUGUUACUCUGGCCGUGCCCUAUGAGCAGUAUAUCCUUGCUCCGAGCUCUCGCGACUUGAUUCCCGUCUCGGUGCGACAAGUGAACGGCUCUGUCACCAAUGCUGCCGCUCUGACUAGCUCCAGCGGAAACGCCACCUUCAACGGCAUAUCCUCGGUUACCUAUGACUUUGGCGUGAAUGUCGCUGGCAUCGUGUCCGUGGAUGUCGCCUCUGCAUCUUCCCAAUCCGCCUUCAUCGGGGUAGCAUUCACAGAGUCUAGCCUGUGGAUAAGCAACGAGGCUUGUGAUGCUACCCAGGAUGCUGGUCUUGACACGCCACUUUGGUUCCCGGUGGGGCAGGGUGCUGGGGUUUAUACCGUGGACAAAAAAUACAAUCGUGGCGCAUUUCGCUACCUGACAGUCAUCAGCAACACCACGGCCACUGUUUCUCUGAACAGCAUUCACAUCAACUAUACUGCCGCUCCGACCCAGGAUCUUCGGGCAUACAAGGGAUACUUUCAUAGCAAUGAUGAACUCAUCAACCGCAUCUGGUAUGCAGGUGCUUAUACCCUGCAGCUCUGCAGUAUUGAUCCCACUGCGGGAGACGCCUUGGUGUGGUUGGGUGUUAUCGACUCGUCCGACAACAUUACACUUCCCCAGACGGACACUUGGUGGUCGAACUAUACCGUUACCAACGGCAGCAGCACUUUGGUUGAUGGGGCCAAGCGGGAUCGUCUUGUCUGGCCUGGUGAUAUGUCCAUUGCUUUGGAAAGCGUGGCUGUCAGCACCGCCGACCUGUACAGUGUUCGCACGGCGUUGGAGUCGUUGUAUGCGCUGCAGAAAGCUAACGGUCGCCUUCCCUAUGCUGGAAAGCCCUUUACCGAUAUUGUCAGUUUUACCUACCACCUCCACAGUCUGAUCGGCGCGGCAUCCUACUAUGAGUACACCGGAGACAGUGCGUGGCUGUCCCGAUACUGGGGACAGUACAAGAAGGGUGUCCAGUGGGCGUUGGGCAGUGUGGAUGACACUGGCUUGGCCAACAUCACAGCCAGUGCUGACUGGCUGAGGUUUGGCAUGGGUGCGCAUAACAUCGAAGCCAACGCGAUUCUCUACUACGUUCUGAAUGAUGCCAUCACUCUGGCCCAAACCCUGAAUGACUACUCCAGCAUCAGAAACUGGAGUACAACCGCCGCAGGAAUCAAGACUGCUGCCAACGCACUUCUCUGGGAUGAGUCGAGUGGCCUGUAUACCGACAACGAGACCACCACUUUGCAUCCCCAAGAUGGCAACUCCUGGGCCGUCAAGGCCAACCUCACCCUUUCGGCCAACCAAAGCGCUGUCAUCUCAUCCGCACUCGCCGCCCGCUGGGGUCCUUACGGGGCACCCGCCCCUGAGGCCGGCACGACAGUAUCCCCUUUUAUCGGUGGGUUUGAGCUACAGGCUCAUUACUUAGCCGGUCAACCAGACCGAGCGCUGGAUCUUCUGCGGUUGCAAUGGGGAUUUAUGCUCGAUGACCCGCGCAUGACCAAUUCCAGUUUCAUCGAGGGCUACUCAACCGAUGGGUCAUUGGUAUACGCACCGUACCGGAAUACACCCCGGGUGUCGCACGCGCACGGAUGGUCGACGGGGCCGACGUCCGCCUUGACGAUCUAUACGGCUGGUUUGCACCUCACGGGGCCGGCGGGGGUGACUUGGUUGUUCAAACCGCAGCCGGGCAAUUUGACCCAGGUAGAGGCGGGCUUCGAGACUAGGUUGGGGCUUUUUGAGUCAGUCAUCAGAAGAUCCUCAACUGGUGAAUAUCAGGAUCUAACAUUUACUGCGCCUAAUGGAACCUCGGGGUCGGUGGAGCUCAGUGGUGUCGCUGGACAGCUUGUGUCAGAUCAGGGGGUGAGUGUGCAGUUAGUCGGGGGAAAGGCUAGCGGAUUGCAGGGAGGGACAUGGAAGUUGAAAAGCUUGUGAGAAUGUUGUUACUGUAUAGUGUGUGACCCGAUGGAAUAAAAUCUUUGUUCUGUACCGUCGACGUCACGGUGACUAUUCUUGCGUUUUCUUUUCUUUCUUUUUUUUUCCCGGCCAAAAGAUAUCAUUACUUCUCAAAAUCCGCUUCCAAU